AGGGGAACUAGGUAGUAGAGGAGUAUAUAACUCUGUUCUUUAGCUGCUGCUAAGAUUCAAAGGUCUUGAGAGAGAGGAAUCUCUGAAAGAAACCAAAUAAUCUUUCUUAAUAUGGCGAUUUCCAUGAUUCUAGUUUAGAUUGAACUGACUGCGUUUUGGAGUUUGCUGUUUUCAGCAAAUAAAUCUGUAAGCUACAGAACCUAAAGUGUUUGUGAAAAAUGAUGGGAGCUGAUACUAAUGCACUCUCUUCUCUCACUUCCUCUUCUUCUUCAUCCAUCAGAGCCAGUUACAACCAAAACCCUAACCCUAACCCUACCUCAAAUCCAGCCAAGAGAAAGAGAAGCCUCCCUGGAAACCCAGAUCCGGACGCAGAAGUGAUAGCUAUGUCCCCAAAGUCUCUAAUGGCGACGAACCGCUUCGUCUGCGAAAUCUGCAACAAGGGCUUCCAGAGAGACCAGAACCUGCAGCUUCACAGGAGAGGGCACAACCUGCCAUGGAAGCUGAAGCAGAGAAGCAGCAAGGAGGUGGUGCGGAAGAAGGUUUACAUAUGCCCAGAGAAGAGCUGUGUGCACCACCACCCUUCCAGAGCUCUUGGAGACUUGACUGGGAUCAAGAAACACUUCAGUAGAAAGCAUGGGGAGAAGAAGUGGAAGUGUGAUAAGUGCUCCAAGAAAUAUGCUGUUCAUUCUGAUUGGAAAGCCCAUAAUAAGAUUUGUGGUACUAGAGAGUAUAAAUGUGACUGUGGAACUCUCUUCUCUAGAAAGGAUAGUUUUAUCACACACAGAGCUUUUUGUGAUGCUUUAGCAGAAGAAAGUUCAAGAUUCACUUCACUAAGAUCCCCAAAUCAAACGUGCCGACAGGAUCUAUUUAACAGCUCCGGCGGCGGCGGCUUAUUUUCAUCUCCUCUCAAACAUUAUCAAUUUGGGUCUCAAUUCUCUAGGCUGCCGCCGCCUUGUCACGACUUAAUAGGCAGCGGCGGCAGUGGCUUUGACUCCGUGAGUCAACUCACUCUAGAUGGUCAAAAGGCUAGAUAUCCCCUAUGGCCGGACUCUGCCGCCGCCUAUUCUCAUGACGAUCAACAUCAUAUGACAUUUCCCCAAGAGAUGUUUGUUUGGAGCGGCGGCAAUCCGACGUCGCCAUCCAACGCCGGGGUAUUGCCGCCAGAUCCAAAAGAAGAAGAUCCCAUGCAGGGCGGGAUGUCGACUCCGUCUUUGUUUUACAACCAAUGCCGAGGAGCGGUGCCGCCGGCGGUGACGGGAACUCAUACGUCGGCGACGGCGCUGCUCCAGAAGGCGGCGCAAAUGGGGUCAAGGAGGAGCAAGGAGUCAGCAGCAUUGUUUGGGAUGAAUGAAUUUGGGCUGACGUGUCCAACCACCUUGUCUGCUGGUUCUAGCAUUAACAGCUGCUUCAACAACAUUGCCGGAAGUACCGCCGGAAAAGUUCUUCAUCAAGAUUAUCGUAACAUUCUUGGGAACUCGACAAUGGCGGGUAAUGAUCAAGGUAACAACAACAAUAGCAGCAAUGGGUUGUGGAUGAUGAUUCAAAACAAGGGAAACCAACAUGAUCAAAUGGUGGAUUUGAGUUUGACUAGGGAUUUUCUUGGUGUAGGUGGGAUUCAGGAAAGUAAGCACCUUUUCGGACAAAAUGAUUUAGCCGAAUUGAGUUUUUGUUAAUCGAUCUCACCUCUAAUCUUUUUUCCGUAUUCAUAAAACUCUGAUUUUAACCCUCUAUAUAUGAUGUCUGUUAUAUCAAGGUAUCUUUGUUCAAUGGGAAAAAAUAAAAGCCUGUUUUUGAAUAUUCGACUGGUCCUGGGAAUUAAGGAAUAAGGAGUAUGUCUCGUCUUUUAUCAUCUUAGGUCUAUUUAAGUUUAGAUUUCUUGAAAUUUUGAUUCAUUGGCUUUUUGGAUUUGAACGAGGUGAAAGAAAAUUGAGAUGGAGCUGGAUUGUAUAUGCAAUUUAGAUGAGGAAGCCAGGUUUAUGGUUUUGAUGAGACCAUGAGAAUUAUAUACAAUCGGUAUAUUUACUAUUUAGAACGAUAAUUGAGUUUGAGAACUUGAUGGCUUUUUGUCAAAUUGUGUUAUACGAGUAAUUAAAAUAAACAAGUUUCAAGUUACA